AUGUCUUACAAUGAAGUCAAUACUUCUCUUAAACUAGGAGAAAGGAAGAACUCAGAUAAAUCAGAAGAGGAGCCGAAAGCUCCCUUGGGGACCGUUGAAUGGCCGAAGUCAUUGCAAGAUUUUGCAAAAAAGAGUUUCCGAAGAGCCAAUGAAAGCCUUAAUGAAAAAGAGAAGGUUGUUUUCAAUGAUCAGCUACAAAAGCUUAUAGAAGAGGCAUUUAAUAGGGAAAAACUUUGGGAGAAUAAUUGGGAUUUACAGAAGAUUCCAAUCUUGGAUGGGGUUCAGUCUGUUGAGUUAUAUUGCAACAAAGCACCAAGUGUCGAAGUUUCGAAUAAUCGGAGGUCUAAAAGCACAGCAAAUUCUAAGAGAGAUGUUCAGGAUAUGAAUUAUGACUCUAAUGAGCGCAAACGACAAAGAAUGGAAAGAUUUGCUAAUCUGCCUGGGCAUUCACCAUCAACGCCUAAUAAUGGCAAUACGUCUGGCAAUGUAAUUGUGGGUAAGUCAACGGAUUUGGAGAAGAGAUACUUAAGAUUAACUUCUGAACCUAAUCCUCAGAACGUGAGACCCCAAAACACACUCACAAAAAGUAUCAAAUUUGUGCUAAACAAGUACGAGGAAAAUAAACGGUAUUCUUACAUCAUAGACCAACUAAAAUCCAUAAGACAAGACUUGACAGUCCAACAUAUAAAAAAUGACUUUACUAUAUACAUUUACGAGACUAAUGCCAAAAUAUCUUUGCAGAAUGAUGACUUGGGUGAAUUUAACCAAUGCCAAUCUCAAUUAAAAUACUUAUACUAUUUAAAAAGAAAGCAAGACCACAAAUACUCAAAGAGAUUUUAUGGAAACGAGCUAGAAUUUUUGAUAUAUCGAAUGAUAUAUAUGAUCGUAAUGAAUAACUACAGUGAGAUAUACAAGAUUAAAUUAAAAAUGAAAGAGUUCGAGGAGUUCAAGAAAACUAAAACAGAAAAGGAUCUUCUCAAGGUUGUUGAAAAACUCUUCGAGUUAAAUGAAAAUAGGCUAAUAGGAAACUUUUAUAAAGUUUUUGAAAUAAUUGAUGAAUUUAGACGAAAUAAAGCAUUAGCUUUAGGCUACAAAUUAAUAAAAGAGUCUCUUUUUAAUAAGGAAGUCAUCAAAUCAUUAUUCAAGAUAUCAAAGAGCUAUAAAAAAGUCCCAACAAGCUUCUUAGUCUCUCUCUUUAGACUUCGAGAUGUUCAAGAUUUAGAAGAUUUUUUGAAAAAAAACAAACUAGAAGAGUUUCUAUUGAAUAGUACGGCUGAAUUUGAUUGCGUAAGUUCGAGGCAUAGCAUUGCUAAAAUAAUAGGCCAAUUCACCUUCAACAAAAUUGAUAUUAAGGGACAAGUAUAG